UCUAUAUAUAGUUUUACCUGGAAUUUCGAAAAUAUAGAAAUUCUAUCAGAACCUUUUUCCCGCGCUCUGUGAAUUUCCCAUUAAUCCAUGGCUCCAAAAGUAGAUAACACUGAAGGAAUCGUGCUCAAUUUCGUCAACGAGCAAAAUAGACCAUUGAAUGUCCAAAAUGCAGCUGAUGCGCUACAAAAGUUUAACCUUAAAAAAGCUGCAGUACAAAAAGCCCUGGAUAAUCUAUGUGAAAGUGGAAAGAUAUCAUUUAAAGAGUAUGGGAAGCAGAAAAUCUAUAUGGCUAGGCAAGAUCAGUUUGACAUCCCAGACAGCGAAGAGCUUAAUAGAAUGAAGGAACAAAAUGCCAAUCUACAAGAAAAGUUGGGUGAACAGAAGAAAGCCAUCAGUGAGGUUGAAGCAGAAAUGAAGUCUUUGCAGUCAAAUUUGACUCUGGAAGAAAUACAUGCUAAAGAUGCCAAACUGAGAAAAGAGGUUGACGAGAUGGAAAAGAAGCUAAUUAAAUUGCGGGAAGGUAUUACUCUUGUAAGUCCGGAAGAAAGAAAAGCCAUUGAGGGAUUGUAUUCGGAAGCUCUAAAUCAGUGGAGAAGGCGAAAAAGGAUGUUUAGAGAUGUAUGGGAUGCCAUAACUGAGAACUCACCCAAAAAUCCAAAAGAGUUUAAGGAGGAACUUGGAGUUGAAUAUGAUGAGGAUGUUGGUGUGAAUUUUCAGUCUUUUGCUGACCUGAUGCCACAUGGCUAGUGAUUAUAUUUACGUGUUGCAUUUUACUGCAGGAAUGUACUUGAUCAGGUGUUCUAUGAGUAUAUUUUUGUAGCACGUUGAACUUAUGUAAUCUUGAUAUCUUAUAGUUUUAGUCUACCUUCAAAGACAUAUUUCUGCUCUACUCUCGUUACGACCUUCCAUAUACGUUAUUAUAACCCGAACUGCAAGUGGUCUUAGGUUCAAAACACUAGCUGAAAUGAGUUCAGUUUGAAAGUAGAGGAAAGACUAAAUAAGCUGUUAAAUUGUAAUAUGUACUGCAAUUCUAGGGGGCUUUACAUCUUGAAGAUUGCCAUUGAGCUGCCACUCUACUAGGGUGUAAGCAUAUCCCUGUAACCUUAAAUAAAGAAAUUCAUAUUUCUUUGUCAUUCUAA